AUGAGAUUCAUUAAGUGUCAAGUUGGCAACGGGUCGGUUGGCUGGUUCUGGUUUGACAGCUGGACUUCUUUGGGGCCUUUAAUCAAGCUCUUCGGGGAAACUGGGCCAACUUCUUUAAGAGUUCCCGUCCACGCAAAAAUCUCAGAUGCUUUUGACUCCCAGGGUUGGAAGCUGAGAAGGCCGAGAUCAGAUAAAGAUCUUGCUCUCCAAGUCUACUUAUCAACCAUUCCCCUCCCAACAGAUUCAGAUGAUGAUGAUUGGUUUGAUUGGGUCAUUGAUGGUAUAAGCUAUGAUGGUUACAACGCAGGAAAAACUUGGGAGGCCAUCCGCCAUAAGAGCCCGGUGAAGGACUGGGCAUCCUCUAUCUGGUUUAAAGGAUCUACGCCGAGGCACGCCUUUAACAUGUGGCUUGCAAACCUCGACAGGCUGCCCACAAUGAGUAGACUGGCCUCUUGGGGUCUGCCAGUGUCUCCAACCUGCUGCCUUUGUUCCUCAUCUGAGGAGACUAGGCUGCACCUGUUUAUCGAAUGCAGCUACACCCGUGAGGUUUGGGCCUUCAUCUUUACAAACCUCCAAUUACCCGAGACGUGUUUAAGUAGCUGGGACGAGAUGUUGGAGUGGACGAGGAACAGGCUUGCAAACUCUCCUCGCACGUUGCGCCUCCUCCUUGUUCAAUGUGUGAUUUACACUGUUUGGAGACAACGGAAUAACCUGAUCCACAACCAGCUCCGCCUCCCGCCAUCCAUCAUCUGCAAAGACAUAGACAGGCAAAUCAGAAACUCGAUCACAGCAAGAAGACACAUGACGAAAUUCAAGAAACUCAUGCCCUUAUGGCUACGAUGA